CGCCUCGGAAUCGAGGAAUCGAUUCCCUUCUCGCUCCGCCAUGUAUGAGGAAUAGAGAAACUUUGCUGAGGUCGUUUUGUGAGUGGUUUAUGUAAUUCAACAAAUGUUCGAAUGAUGAAUAGGAGCCAGGCAGCAAGGAAAAGAGUGGCACCAGAGAAGGCAGAAGCCCCUGAAACUUGUGAUGAGGAGAUACUUGCGGAGGUUUACCAGCUCUUUAGCAAGGUUAGAGGGUAUGUUCCCCCCGCUGGAGGAGAAUGGACCUUGCCUGACCCAAAUGUGGUGCUCUGUGAUCCUCCUGUAAGUCACCCACGUUUGCAGGCUCUGAAACACUCACUAAAUGAGGUGAAGAAUCAACUCAGUGAUAAAGACCUCUCGAUAUGGCACCAGCAUACUAGUUCCACCAACCGAGCAGGUACCAUUACAGCCCACCUUCGCUCCACUGCCAAUGCAGAACUCUGCACACAGGCAUGGGCCAAGUUCUACGAGAUCUUAGGCACCUUUAAACUUUUACCUGAAAAUGCAUUGAAGAGUGGUGAGUUGAACUCCAUACAUCUCUGUGAAGCUCCUGGAGCCUUCAUAUCCGCUCUGAAUCACUUCCUUAAGACAAGCGGCUUGCACUGUGACUGGAACUGGAUUGCUAACACACUAAAUCCAUACUACGAAGCCAAUGGACAUGGUUGCACUAUAACAGAUGACAGACUUAUUGCACACACUUUGCCUUGGUGGUUUUUUGGCUCUGACAACACAGGUGACAUAAUGCUUCAGAACCAUCUGGUGGAACUUCAGAGAUUUGUCAGUAACAUGCGCAGUGUAGAUUUGGUUACGGCAGAUGGGAGCUUUGACUGUCAGGGGGACCCGGGAGAGCAGGAGAGCUUAGUUGCUCCACUACAAUAUUGUGAAGCAGUUGGUGCGCUGCUACUGUUAGGGACUGGUGGCUCAUUUGUUCUUAAGAUGUUCACACUAUUUGAACAUUCAUCAGUCUGUCUACUCUAUCUACUUGCUUGUUGCUUCCGUUCUGUUAAUGUCUUCAAGCCAGGCACCAGCAAAUCUGGAAAUUCAGAACUUUAUAUAGUGUGUUUGGACUUUCAGGCCAAAGAAUCAAUACGGCCAUUGCUCUCAAAGUUAAUUCGUAAUUAUGGACCAGACUUGGCAUCCACAGUAGCACUCUUUCCCCAUCACUGCAUUCCAGAAUCUUUUCUCAGUCAACAUGAAGAGAUAUGCACGUUUUUCCAUGCAUUGCAAGUUGACACAAUUCAGGAGAAUCUAAGACUUUCUGCAUUUAUGAGCGUAGAACAGCGCAGGCAAUUGGACGAGCUCAGGGAAUGUGCUGCCAAGUUGUAUAUGAAACGCUUCAACGUCCAGUAUCUCCCUAGAAAAUAUUGGGUUUGCCGCGGUGGGGUGGCCGGAUGGGUAAAGCCAAAUGAGCGAAAACAAAUGGGCUCUUUCAAUCGGCGCAAGGAGAUGCAGCUUCAGGGAUGGAAGCAGCGCCUUGCUCAGGGAACUUGUGGUGCAUUUAUAGCGGGGCAUCUUAUGGGAACAGAAGGAUGUGAGAUUGUACUUAGUGGCCCACUGAAUGAGUGUGAUUUGGGAGGCUGGUUUGCCCUUGAGGGAGCUGCCCUGCCAAAAGUGUGCAGUUCCACCUUCUGUAAUCAAGAAGUGCUAGACUUCCUGAAUGAAGCCCUAGAGAAGAACCUGAAGGGAAAAUCAGCGAGUCCAGUUGACAGAGCUAUGCCAGCAUGUAGCUCCUGCAGCACAAACUCCCCUGUAGACAUCUUAUCUGAGAUAUGCAGCCGUCAUGAUGUAACAUCUUGUUUGGUGCUGGGAAGCCAGUCAUGGUGCGACAUCACUCUUGUAGGAGUUAAGAUUCAGCCAGAGUUCUCGCAAGGACCCUCGUAUUGUGAAGUACAGGAUUCCACACUUCAUGAUGGUCAACCAGACUAUCAACUUAAGCUUCUGAACAGUGUGUUUUCUGCUCUACAGAAGCAGCGUCAGGGGUCAGCAAUGGUGAUUCCGUUAUGUUCAGCAUUAACGCGCUUCACUGCUGGCCUGGUUUUCACACUCCACCUGUGCUUCCAUUACAUCACAUUCCGUUGCUCAUCUGGUUGGCCCCCUGCUGCACUUUUGUGUAUGGGAUUCUCUCGGCCUUCAGCCCUUCCCCAGCUUCUGGACAUCCUUCAGGACGUGAUGGAGAAGAUGAAGAGAAUAAAACUGGAACAGAGGAGGCAGGUCCUGCAGUUUGUACCUUUGGAAGAACUUCUCAGAGGGCCAUUACCUCACUUCCUGUCCUCCUUCAAUACUACUGUUGUUCAACAACAGCUGCAUGUGCUCAUGCAGAUUGAAUAGUGCAGUUAAAUGAUAAUUGAGUAUAAUUAAGCCUCAGUUUACCUCUGAUUGAAUUCAUAACCGUAGUUUGCCAGUGCCACAGUGGAUUUUUACGUUAGAAACACAGAAUUCUUUUGAAAGUGAUGGUGUUGGUUUAUAGAUUAUGCUGGGAGAGAACUGCUUACUUUUACUUUGAAUAUGCUGCAAAUGACUAAAGAGGUGAUGUUUUUUUUUCUAAUAUUUAUGUAACAGUGUGUGCAGUUGUGUCCAAAGUGUUUCUUUUAAUAUUUAUGUUUCAAGACCUUUAUUUUUAAUACUUGAAAUAGUAUGAGUUGCCUAAUCAUCUUUUCUGUCUUGCCUCAGUUAUUAAAACCUUUGGGUAAAUGGCCAUAUUAAGUGUUUUUAUGAAAAGCUUGAGGAAGGUUCUUGAAAAUAUCCAGGUAUUGUUGCCAGAAAUGCCAAGUAGCUUAAACAGUCAUCAAAGUCUGAAGUAUUCAAAAUUAAUAUUUUGUAUAAUUAUUAUAUUAGUACUACUAUAUAUAGAAUAUUGUGGGGUACAUCAUAUACAUUUAAAGGAAUAUUCCGGGGUCAAUACAAGUUAAGCUCAAUCAAAAGCAUUUGUGGCAUAAUGUUGAUAACCACAAAAAUGUAUUUUGACUUGUCACUCCUUUUCUUUAAAAACUGAACAAAUCUGGGUUAUACUGAGGCAUUUACAAUGGAAGUGAGCAGGGCCAAUCUGUAAAAGUAAAGCCAUAAGACAGAAAUAUGCAUGUUAACAUGAUUUUAGUGUGGUUAAAUCGCUUACAAACCUUUUCUGUGUAAAGUUAUAGCUAAUUUUACAACUUUGUUGCCAUAAACCCUGAUUGUGGUAAUCAGCAUUAUGCCACAAAUGCUGUGAUUGAGCUUGAAUUGUAUUGAACCCGGAACAUUCCUUUAAUAUUAAGAAAAAUUUAAGAUUAUGCACUGUAUCUAGGUCAAAAAUAAUCAAUUCAUCAAUCGUUAUUAACAAAGUUGUGACAUUGACCAUGGAUUUGUAUUCAUUAACCAAAACAUGACAGUUCUAUCAUUAUUUACUCACCCAAAUGUUGUUCCAAACCCAUAUCACUUUUUGGUAGUCUUUGUCAAUAUUCACUUUCAUUGUACUGUAUAGAAAAACAAUGCAAGGAAGGUCAGUGGUGACAUUUUUUUAUAUACAUUUUUUUUGUUUGUUUUUUGAAUGUCAUACAUUUUAUACAUUUUUUUUUAUACAUUUUAAAAUGUCAGACUACUUUGCCUUUAUUGAAGCACAAAAAAUGGAUAACAUGAAUCAACAGGUUUUGCACAGACUUGUGGAUUCGAUGCCAGCAUGAGUUUACGUUGUCAUUAAAGCAAAAAACGGACAUACAUGUACCAAAUACUAAGACAUUAAAAAAAUUCCUGUACAUUUUUACAGUGCUCUGUAGGGUGGAGACUGGGUUAUCCGGGGUGAGUAGUGUGUGUCCAUCAACAAGACAAAAAUCAAUAUCGAAUAAACCUUUGACAACUGAUUUAUGAAUUUCGUUUGUGUUUCAAUGUAAAACAUCAAAAAAUGAGUAUUGAUCUGGCCAACAAAGUUUUGAUUCAUGUUUGGCCUUCACCUGUGCCUUUAGCAAAAGGACUAUUGUGACUUGAAAAGAUCACUUACAAAUAACACCCAUGUCAGAGCCAACGGCUGUGCUAAUUUUAUGUUAGAUGUAUCAUUCAGACUGAGUAAACAGUCUAAAUGUAAUAUAACCCGUUCAAAUAUUUCAUCUCGGCACACAAACUCGUAUAUUGCCAAUGCUACUCUUAAAAUGCCGUACACUCUUAAGUUAUUGUACAGUGAUUGGCUUUUCAACUCGACUAACCAAUACGGAAUUUUAUAUCUUGAAAGAAACAACAGCAAAACACUUGCGAUUAAGGGGCCGUUCACACAGAACAUGUUUUUUGCAUUUGUUUUUGAACGUCUCGCGCAGGAGCACCGCGUUUUUAGAAGCCGCCUCGGUACACCUGCGUUCUGUUCUGUUCCAUUCGUGGCGCUGCAUUUAACUUUUUCAGCGUUCGGUCUGAAUGGCCCCUAAUUAAUACGAAUUUAUGGUCUUUAAAAAAAAAACACUAGUACGUGGACUGGCGACGUAACGUAUUUACGUGGAUUCGAAGACAGCAGGCCUUCAGUAUUUUUAAUUUACAAAAUGUUACUGUUACUGUUAAAUGUCUAAUAAUUUCUUUAAUUCAGUCAGUGUAGGCUUUCUCCUGGAGCAUAUGUUACGUAACGACUAUUAAAACUCUGAGCACUCUCAUUAACGUGUACGAUGAACCGUGCAAGCUCAAAGCUAUGCGUUUUGAAACAAAAGACUUAAGUCGAUGAAUACAAACGCAUUCUGGAGAGUUAACACAAUGUUUUCUCAUUAUGCAGAACUGCAGCAGCCACCUGCCGCGCAUUGGUUUAAAAGCUGUCAGGAACAUGGACAGAUUCACAGUCGGAAUGGGAUUUCCAUAGUCCUCUCUCUCUCUCUCUCUCUCUCUCUCUCUCUCUCUCUCUCUGCCUCCUAUAGUCAUCUAUAUGCUUAUCUUGUUUUAUGAACACACAAACACACAUAUACACGUACGCAUGUAUGCACAGAACAUGUCACACAGCCAAACAUUUGUUCAGUGUCAUCUUAUAGCAAUACAGGGUAGACCGAGUUGUAACACUUUUAGCUUUUUGUUAUUCUUGCUAUAACAAUCCAACCUCUGUUGGUUUUCCUAACCCUGAUAAGAGGCAUCAUGUAACAUGAACUUAAAUGCAAAAUAAAUAAAGAAAUAAAUAAAAUACACAUUUACAUUCAUAUUUUGGACUACAUAUACUAA